GUAGGCUCACGUCCUCACAAACUAACAUUCGAGGUCGUCAAGACAACAAACAUCCUUAAAACGUAAAACAAAGUAUGCUAUGGAAAUGUUUUAUAGCUUUUGUAAUUGUCCGGAGUGAGCUCAUAUCAAACGCUGUAUUUCCAGGAGUGUGACUCAUUGUCCACUCGGUCGGUUUCCUGACGACGUCAUUGCUUUAGUUUGACUAACUCACGGCUUCAAGUUUCAUUUCAGCGUUGACAGCGGCGCGUGGCGGGCUAGACCUCUUUUCUUUUUAGAUGACUUGUUGUAACAAACAGAAAACCAAGGUGGAACGAGUUUAAGACUUUGUGACCACGGAUGAACCAUGGCUACAAUAACGUGUCGAGUGCAAUACCUGGAGGACUCGGACCCGUUCGUGUGCUCAAAUUUCCCCGAGCCCCGCAGACCUCUCCAGUAUGACCUGAACGAGCACUUGCUAUUGAACGAACAGAUCGCCGGGAUUCACAAGCUGCUGGAAGCGCCUUUAAAGUUAGAGGAGUGUGCACUGCAACUGGCUUCUAAUGGGAACUACCUGGAUCUGGAAUCGUCCCUUGCUGAACAGAGAGAUGAUCUGGAGCAGCUCUAUGAUGACGUGGAAAAAGGCAAAAAGCCCAUCUUGAUUCUCCGUACGCAGCUCUCAGUACGGGUUCAUUCCAUCCUAGAGAAGUUAUAUAAUUCCCAUGGUCCUGAACUUCGGCGGUCCUUGUUUUCUUUAAAGCAGCUCUUUCAGGAUGAUAAGGACUUGGUUCCAGAAUUUGUCAUCUCUGAGGGUCUGACAUGUUUCAUUAAAGUGGGUGCUGAGGCAGAUCAUAACUACCAGAACUACAUCCUCAGAGCUCUCAGUCAGAUCAUGCUGUUUGUUGAUGGAAUGAACGGUGUUGUGAACCACAACGAAACUGUACAGUGGCUGUACACACUGACUGGCAGCCUGUCUCGGCUGGUUGUGAAGACAGCUCUGAAGUUGCUGAUAGUGUUUGUGGAAUACACCGAGUCCAACAGUCCACUGCUUAUUCAGGCUGUCACUGUUGUGGAUGGGAAGAGAGGAGUAAAGCCUUGGACGUAUCUAACAGAUAUCCUGUCAGAGAAGAAUGGAUCAGACACAGAGCUGCUCGUCUACACCAUGACCCUCAUCAACAAGACUCUGGCUGCGCUUCCUGAUCAGGACUCAUUUUAUGAUGUGACCGACUGUUUGGAGCAGCUAGGAAUGGAAAGGAUAGUCCAGAAACGUAUGACUAGCAGCGGAACCGAAGGUGAACUUAAACAGCAGUUCAUCAUUUAUGAGAAUGCCCUCAAGUAUGAAGAUGGUGAGAUGGAUGAAGGGCCACCAAAUGUCCGUAAAGACCGAAGGAAACUGACCCCCAGCGAGCAGGAGGGCAGGAGGAGCCGGCGGUCAUCUUCUCACAAUCUUACAGAGAGUUCCUUUCGACCAGCUUCCCCAACUGUGUCAGUCUCAUCUAACAGCCCUACCCCAGAGGUGAUGCGUACAGCCUCCUCUCAGCUGUCAGAUUCCUCCUUUUCUCCUGUUUCUGGCAGUCCUUUGUUGACCAGUCCCUCCUCUACGAUCUUAAGCUCACCCAAAGCGACUAAUGGAGCAGAGUCUGCAGCCCCUUCUGAGCAAGAUCUCAACUUGGGGCGCUCUUUUAUGAGUCAGUACAUAGCUCACAUGGGGAUUUCUAGACGGAGGUUAAAAAAGGAGAGGUCUAUAACUGAAGAAACCUCAGGCUUCUCCAACAGAGCGUCUUUCACAGAAACAGACUCUCCUCAGGAGCUCCCUUCCCAGACGGCAGCAGAGAAGCCCAGCCGGACAGAGGGAAAGCGAGUCUUCAAACAGCACCAGGCAGACAGUGUUUGUCCAGAGAGUGUGAAUAGAGACUUGCCGGUUCUGAGGAAUUAUGAAGACAAUUUCUUGCGUAGUCUGGCUGCAUCCCAGUGGGAGAAGAAAAGGAAGCCAUAUGAGAGACCUUCUCCAAGCGAGAGUGUGGCGUCUGCAGAUGUAGAGGCAUCUACUGAAGCCGAGCAGCCAGUCUCCAGCUCAACCACUGCAGGAUCUUUUAGUGGUCCGGACUUGACCAGGCACACCCUGGAGCAGCCAGAGGACACAACAGCAGCCCACAAUGAAGCAGGAGGUUUGCAGCGUCAGGGCAGUGCGGCGGAACAGCACAACACCCUCUCUAAUGACAGGAAGUUCAUGUUGGAUAUGCUCUACUCCAAAAACAACACCUCUGGAGGCCUAAAAAGUCCUAGUCUGGAGAGUGCACUUGAGGGCCAUGGGAUCAGCAGUAUGGCCGGACGGCUCUCAAGACUGCAGUCUCACACUUCUCAGCCCACAGAGGACACAUCCAGGCGGGCGGAGCUGGAGAGCCUUGAAGGAACUGCUCAGGCCGCUCGCGCCAGGCUAGUAGAGGAACAGAAAAAGAAGCUGCAUCCACAAAACAGUAUUGAAGCGGAGACUCAUUCACAGAGUUUAGAAAAGACAAUGAUGACACCAUUAUCCAGGGGUAGUCAGGAUGCCUGGGAGAAGCUGCAGCCCAGCUCCAGACCCCUGCGGAUUAAAGAUCUUGACUUCUCUGAUCUGAUGGAGGAGGAGGAUAUCGAUGUGCUAGAUAUAGACACUUUUGACACCAGCUUGCCUAAUGGAGUCCCUCCACCCCCUCCUCCAGUGCCAGGCUCUGCUCCCCCACCGCCACCACCCCCUCCUCCUCCUGGACCUGCUAGUCUGGCUCCACCCCCUCCUCCUCCACCUCCUGGAGGUUUGAGUGUGCCUCCUCCUCCUCCAGGACUCCUCCCUCCGUCCCCGUCACAAGGAAAUGAUCCGGCUUUUCUAAAAAAACGGAAAACGGUCAAGCUGUUCUGGAAGGAGCUCAAGCAGCCAGAGAGUCCCAGGAAGUGCAAGUUUGGGCGGGGCACAGUUUGGGCUUCGCUUGAUAAGGUUGCAGUCGAUACAGCUAAGCUGGAGCACCUGUUUGAGUCCAAAGGAAAGGACCUUCCAGUAGCAAAGAAAGGUGCUGAGACCAAGAAAGCAGCAAUUUCAGUGCUUGAUCCUAAGAGGAGCAAUGCUAUCAACAUCGGCAUGACUGUUUUGCCUGCUGUACAUGUCAUCAAAAGUGCCAUCCUCACCUUUGAUGAGUUUGCCAUCAGUAAAGAGGGCAUUGAGAAAAUCCUGACCAUGACUCCAACAGAUGAAGAGAAACAGAAGAUUCAGGAGGCGCAGCUGGCUAACCCUGAUGUACCGCUGGGAACAGCAGAGCAGUUUCUGCUCACUCUCUCCUCCAUCAGUGGCCUUACAGCCAGAUUACAGCUCUGGGCCUUUAAACUCAACUAUGAGACCCUGGAGAAGGAGAUUGCAGAGCCUCUUUUUGACCUGAAACUGGGUAUGGAACAACUUGCCAAGAACAAAACCUUCAAGCGUAUUUUAGCAACACUACUGGCCAUUGGAAACUUCCUCAAUAGCUCCAGUGCUAAGGGCUUUGAGCUCAGUUAUCUGGAGAAGGUUACUGAGGUGAAGGACACCGUGCACAGGCAGUCUCUGCUUCACCAUACCUGCAAUUUUGUGGUGGAAAACUACCCAGAUACGACAGACCUUUACUCCGAGAUCUCAUCAAUCACACGCUCUGCUAAAGUGGAUUUUGAGCAGUUGUCUGAAAACCUUAUUCAGUUGGAGAGAAAAUGCAAAGCAUCUUGGGACAACCUUAAAGUAAUGGCCAAACAUGAAACUAAACCUAACUUGAAAAACAAAAUGACAGAAUUUCUGAAGGACUGUACUGAUAGGAUCAUCAUCCUGAAAGUAGUGCACAGACGCAUUGUUAAUAGGUUUCAUUCUUUCUUGCUGUACUUGGGUCAGCCUUCAUACUCGGUGCGGGACACUAAAGUAACUCAGUUCUGUAAGAUCAUCAGUGAGUUUGCCCUGGAGUACCGCACCACCCAAGAGAGAGUCCUCACCCAGAAACGCAAGCGUGCCGUCCACCGGGAGCGGACCAAGACCCGGGGCAAGCUGAUCACAGAGACCGAGAAGUUUUCGGGAGCAGUUCCACAGCUGUCUCUGGAGGACAGCCCUUCCCUGGUUUCUUCAACAACAGAAUCAGAGCCAGCCCAAGAGGAGCAUGAGAACAUGAAAAACUUGCUCAUCGCCAACAAUGACAACAGCAAGCUGCGAAGGAGCCGCGCUGUACGAAGUUUAGGCAGGCUUAGUACAAACAUGUCUGUAGCCAAAGAGGACAGCGCCAGCUCACAGGACGAUGCCACAGAUGAGAUCAUGGAUCGUCUGGUUAAGUCUGUCACCCAAAAUCCCACAGAGAGGGCGUCUAGUCCUAAAACACGCAAACGCUCACGGCUUAACAGAAAGUCAUUGCGGAGGACUCUGAAGAGUGGGCUGAGUGUGGAAGUGGUGCAGGCCCUUGGCCUCGGCAGUACUAAUGGGAAGGUCUGAAUCUGGUAGCUGUCAUGUGGGGGAAACUGUAGCGGGGCAGCAAUGAGGCCAUAAGGAGAGCUGCACUAAUGACAGGAAGAUCUGUGAUGAAGGGAUGUUCACUGACAUUUUGUGGGAUGCCUGCAACUAAAUCUGUCUGCCAAUCUGAACAAUUCAGUGGAUGAAUCAUGUCCUUCCAGCUGAAAUACAAAUAGCUGCACUACUGAAAGACCUGAAGUGUGUGCAUGAUAUCCAUUAGACAUAUGUGUGAUCCUGGGUCAUAAAACCAGUCUUAAGUCACUGGGGUAUAUUUGUAACAAGAGCCAAAAAUAUGGGUCAAAAUUAUUGAUUUUUCUUUUUUGUCAAAAAUCAUUAGGAUAUUAAGUAAAGAUCAGUUUCCAUUUAAGAUAUUUAGUAAAUUUCCUACUGUAAAUAUAUUAAAACGUAACUUUUUAUUAGUAAUAUGCAUUGCUAAGAAUUAAUUAGCACAACUUUAAAUUAGAUUUUCUCAAUAUUUCGAUUUGUUUGCACCAUACAUCAAUGGAAAGUUUAUAUAUUCAGCUUUCAGAUGAUGUAGAAAUCUCAAAUUUCGAAAAAUUGACCCUUAUGACUGGUUUUGUGAUCAAAGGUCACAUAUCAUGAUUUGAUUGGUACAAACUUUAAUGGCAUAGUAUUAAAUAACAGCCCAUGUUUACCGAUGGAGAAUAUCUGCAUAUAAUAGGAUCUAGUGACAUGAAAUGCUUAGUUUGACCAGAUGCACAUAUUAUUUUGUAUAGAGCCUUACAUUGCAUAGAUUGGAGCACAAUUUAUCAGUCAAAGAGAUGUAUGAAGGAUUUGAAAAGUUUUAAGUUACAGAAUUUUUUAUUGUAGCCAUAUCUGUUAGAAUGGCCCAGCUCAAAGUUAGGAACAUGGAAACCCGUAACAGAGUGCAAUAGGGUAACUCUAACACACUGGUUUCCUGUGCCCAAUAAUGAAGCUGAUCCCAGGAAUAAACAGCGCUGUCAGUAAUGAUUGACCAAUGAAAACUCUUUAGUCUUGGACAGGGUUUAAUUUGUGUCUGGAAAGCUGACCCAUGUGCACCUGAGUGAUGUUCAAAUGGAUAUCCUGACUCUUGAUUAGAGAGCACAUAAACUAGGUCACAUGUUUGGUUUUCUUUUAUUAAUCAGAGAGCUUUCUUGAUUUUGUUUGUGGAUGCUACAACACAGCCCUGUAUUCUGCUGUAUCACAUUUCUCCAGAUAUUUAUUAUUGUGCCGUUUUGAUGUGUUCAAGUUUAACCUUUUUAGUUCCAUUUUUAUGAUGUUAUAAAAUGUGUGCAUGGAUGGACCACUCCGUUUCUUGCUGAAGAGAAGUCUUGCGUUAAAGGCACAAUUUUGUUUGUAGCAUUUUUUUUUUUUACUGUUACAAGCACAUAUAUUUAGGAUUUUCUUGGUAUUGCUUUUUUGCACAUGGGGUUAUGCUGUAGGAAUUAAGAGUCACUAUGAAUCACUGUUGUUUUAUGUAUGACCUUAUUACCUGUCUGCAUGAGUGCAUGUGUUCUUCACUCUGAAUGUAUCACUAUUAGCGUGUUCCAGUGCUGGACGUCCCGUCACCACUCAUGAUACCUGCAGAAGAGAGUUUGUUUGCAACUAAAUAGUUUGCAAGUACAAGUGCUUUUGAUGUUAGACAUUAUAUUCUGUUUCAGAAUUGUUUCACAUUGACAUGUUGACCUUGAAUCCAAAGACAAAAUUUUGUUUAAAAUGAAAGUAAAUGUUUCAUUAUACUUUUA